AUGUUGGCUGUCUUACCUGGCCAAACCCAGGCAUCAAAGAGUGAGAGAGCACACGAGGUGCCAUGCAGCACUCUGGAUACUCAGAAUGGCCACGCCUUCGACUUUCUCUACCUUCAAACAGUAAGGAGCCCGGAGGAUGAGGUUGAGGUGCGGACACCAACCCACAGUCGCCGAGACCGCCGGCAUCUCCGAGAGCUUCGGCUUGAAGAUUUCCUGAAGGCGAACGGCUUCCGGGAUGUCAACGAGCCACGCCAGGGCGGGUGCUUCUCCUUCAAGGAAAGGCUCUGUCCCCUUCACGUUGCCGCAGAGCUUGGCGCGCAUGAGAUGGUACGCAUUCUUCUCGCAGCAGGGGCCGACGCAGAGAAGAAGACCUCAAAGGGCCGGACGGCGCUGGAGAUUGCAGAAGCAUCGGGCAACCGGACCACCGUUGAAGUGCUGCGAGGCAACACCAAGGUCAUGACCGCCAGUCAGUUCAUCCAUUUUUCCCAAAUACCUUGA